AUGUGUGGAAGUAAAUUGGAUUAUAAAGAAAAUUCAAAAUCUGAAAAUCAGCCAUUGAUUUCAUCAUCAGAUUCAAUUAAAUCAAAUGGCGUUUCAAUAUUUAGAUUAUCAUUGGUUAAUACUUUUGGUGGUUUGAUUUUUGGAUAUAAUACAGGUGUAAUUUCAAUGGUAUUGGCACUACCAUUUUUUAAAGAUAAUUAUUCAGAGAUUAAUCAGGGUUUAUUAACAUGCAGUAUUUUAGUUGGUGCAAUGGUUGGAUCUAUUGUUGGUGGUAUUAUUAUGGAAAAAUUAGGUAGAAAGAUUGCAAUGUUGAUGGUUUCAAUUUUAACUGUAGUGGGUGCUAUUGGUAUUUCUUUAGUUCCAUUACUUUGGGGUGUUAUUGUUUUUAGAGCCAUUUUAGGUAUAGGUGUUGGUAUUUCUGCUAUUGUUUGUCCAACUUAUGUUGGUGAAAUGUCACCAACUGAAAAGAAAGGUACAUUAGGUACAAUUUUCCAAUUGGCAAUCACAUCUGGCAUUUUUAUUAGUAACGCUUUAGGUUUUGCUUUAUUGCAUGUCCAAUAUAAUUAUAGAGCAAUGUUUAUUAUAGGUGCAGCACCUGGUUUAUGCUUAUUUGCUACAUUUUUCUUUAUCCCAGAAUCAACCAAAUGGUUAAAUAGAAACAAUACCAACCCAGCAACAGAUUUAUUAAUUAAUCAAAAGAAAAAACAUUCAUCUAAUAAUCAAGGUAUACAAGCAUUAUUCACCAAACCAAUUGGCAGAUUUUCAUUAUUUAUUGGUAUCGUUUUAGCAAUUAACAAUCAAUUGACAGGUAUCAAUGCAUUCAUGUUCUUUUCUCCAUCAAUUUUCCAAAAAGCAGGUAUUACAAGUUUAAAUUACACUAUGAUUUCUACUAUUUGUUUGGUUGGUUGGAAUGUAGUUACUACAUUUAUCGCAACCUUCUUAAUCGAUAGAGUUGGUAGAAGAAAGUUAAUGCUUGUAGGUACUUUGGUCAUGGCUGUAGCUUGCGUUGGUUUGGCCAUCUUAAACCUUUUAAUUAAAGGUACCACUCUCGGUGUACUUUCAAUUGUUUUAUUAUUCAUCUUUAUUGCUGGUUUUGAAGCAUCUGCUGGUCCAUUAUUUUGGAUUUUAGUUAUCGAAAUUUUCCCAGAAGAAAUGAGAGAAGCAGGUUCAAGUCUUUUAAAUGCUAUCCAAUGGGUAUUUAAUAUUGCUUUAUCGUUUAGUUUCCUUUCUUUAAGCCAAUUAAUUGGUCAAUCAGCAAUUUUCUUUAUUUUUGGUGGUUUUGGUAUUGUUUGUUUAAUUAUUAUGUACAUUUAUUUACCAGAGACAAAGAAUGAUGACGAAGACGAGGAUGAAGAAUAG